GCAGCUGCAGCACCUGGUGGAGGUGUCGGUGCGUGAGUGCACGGUGAGCCAGGCCGGGCAGGAGCAGGACAUCGGCAGGACGUGUGCCAAUAUCAGGCAUAUAGAUCUAUCAAAAAAUCUGAUCUCAUCCUGGGACACAGUGACAGCUAUUGCCUCUCAAGUUCGAAACCUGGAAGCACUUAAUGUCAGCGAGAACAAAAUGAAAUUUCCAUCUACGCCAACUACUGUGUCCAGUGCAUUUUCAAAACUGAGGGUCCUCGCGCUGAAUCAAACCGAGAUAACGUGGACGGAGGUUCUUCUUUGUGCUCCAGGGUGGCCAGCACUUGAAGAACUGUACCUGACUUCUAAUAACAUUGCAGUUUUGGGAAGGCCUGACCACGUCCUGCAGAGCCUGAAGCUGCUGGACCUGUCAGACAACCAGUUACUGGAUGGCAACCAGCUGCACCCCAUAGCACAUCUGCCCAGAUUAGAACAGCUCAUACUCGGGAACACUGGAAUAUCUUCUAUACAGUUUCCUGACGCUGGAUUUGGGUGCAAGACUAAAAUGUUUCCUUCACUAAAACACCUUGUAAUAAAUGACAAUAAGAUAUCACAGUGGUCGUCCAUCAACGAGCUCGACAAGCUGCCGCGCCUGCGGUCCCUGCAGUGCCACAACAACCCUGUCAUGGGCACGGAGAAGAACCCAGAGACGCUCAGGCAGCUCCUCAUUGCCAAGAUAAGUCAGCUGGAGGUGCUGAACAAGUCUGAGAUCCUCCCUGCUGAAAGAAAAGGAGCGGAGCUCGACUAUCGCAAGAUCUUUGGAAACGAGUGGUUGGCAGCUGGUGGGAACUGGGACCCGGAGCGGAACAAACCGAGCGAAGAGUUUCUCGCUGCCCAUCCCAGAUACCCAGCGCUUUGUCUCAAAUACGGCGCGCCUGAAGAAGGAGAGCUGAAGGGACGGGAGCCUUCGACGCUGAAAAAUCAGCUGCUGACCCUGACCAUUAAAUGUCCUGAGAAACCUGAACAGAAGCCCGUAGAGAAGAAGCUCCCAGAGUCUAUGACCAUUCAGAGGGUGAAGGGACUGCUGUAUCGCCUGCUGAAAAUCCCUGGUUCAGAGCUGAAACUGUCCUACGAAAGCUCCAAGCUGGAAGGAAAAGAAGUUGAACUGGACAACGACUUAAAGCCCUUGCAGUUUUACUCCAUAGAAAACGGCGACUGCGUGUUGGUGCGGUGGUGA